AUGUGCUGGUGAAUGUUCGACGUCACAGCCACAGGCAGCAGAAGGAUGGGCGAGAGUUGUGUGUACCUUGCAGCUGCUUCAUGGCAAUAGAGAGAGAUGGCGUCCGCAUCCCGAUGAAUAAGCAAAAAAAGAAGAGGAAAAAGGAUGAUGAUGGACCCUACGCCUAGAGGGGAAACCGUUUAAUUCAAUCUCUCUUUCACAAUCAUUUCGCUCCGGGGAUGUUAACGCCCUUUUCAUGCGUUUUUAAACUCCUCGGCUGAUUCCUUCCAACCGAGGAGGUGUGAGGAUUGUUGUCAGGUACAUCUGUUUUAUUCCUCCGCUUCUCUGCCCAUCCGACGCAGGGGCGAGGAGGAGAGGAGGAAAGGGGGAGAGAGGGAGGGCGAUGGCUGCUGGAGGAGGAUGCGGGGAGACGGUGGAGCAGUGCCGGGCGGAGGUGGAGCGUUUGACCCGUGAGCUGGCAGAGGCGAACCGGGAGAAGAUUCGGGCUGCGGAGUGCGGUCUGGUGGUUCUGGAGGAGAACCAGACCCUGAAGCAGCAAUAUUCGGAUCUAGAGGCCGAGCAAGAGGCGCUCCGACAGGAGCUGGAGCAGCUACAAGAGGCAUUUGGCCAGACCUUCUCCACCCAGCGUAAGGUGGCUGCGGACGGGGAGACCAACGAGGAGACCCUCCUGCAGGAGUCAGCCACUAAGGAGGCCUACUACAUGGGUCGCCUCCUGGGGAUCCAGUCAGAGCUCAAACAGAGCCGGGCCGUCACAGUUAACACACAGGCCGACAACGAACACCUCAGUACCCUGCUGCAGGAGCUCGGAGAGAGUAAUGAGAUGUUGGAGCUGCAGCGGAGCCGGAUGAGAGAGGAGAUCAGGGAGUAUAAGUUCAGAGAGGCCCGACUCCUACAGGACUAUACUGAGCUGGAGGAGGAGAACAUCAUCCUGCAGAAACUAGUGUCCACACUCAAACAGAACCAGGUGGAGUACGAGGGGUUAAAGCAUGAGAUCAAGGUUCUGGAGGAGGAGACCGAGCUGCUGAACAGUCAGUUAGAAGACGCCUUACGUCUCAAAGACAUCUCCGAGGCCCAGCUAGAGGAGGCCCUGGACUCCCUGAAGAGCGAGCGGGAGCAGAAGAAGCACCUCCGCAAGGAGCUGGUCCACCACCUCAGCCUGUGUGACGUCCAAUACACCGGCAGCGCCCACCUCACUUUCACCUCAGCGCCACCUAGUGGCACGGCUACGCCUGUCGCCGCCCUGUCGCCCAGCUCAGAGGAGCCGAGCAGAUGUAACGGGCAUCUACAUGGAGGGUCAGGAACUGGGACGGGGACGGGGUCGCUGCCCAGGGCCAAUGGAGAGUGUCGGGGAGAGGGGAUGGUGUCGGAUCUGUUCAGUGAGAUGAACCUGACAGAGAUACAGAAGCUCAGGCAGCAGCUGCUACAGGUGGAGCGAGAGAAAACUGUGCUGUUGAUCAGCCUGCAAGAGUGUCAGACGCAGCUGCAGCAUACACAGGGUGCCCUGAACGAGCAGCACGAGAGGGCUCUCCGCCUCAGCGAGCGAGUCACCGCCCUCAGGCACCUGCACCGGGAGGCCCAGCUCGCCCAGGAGGCCCAGCACGACCAGGAGGCCCACCUCAACCGAGAGGCCCUGAUGGAGCAGGGAGAAGAGGAAGAGGAGGAGAAAGAGAGGGGAUUAAUACACAGCAGGGGCCAGGCAUUCUGCCACCAGACCCCGGGUCUGGAGAUCCUGCAGUGUAAAUACAGGGUGGCUGUAACCGAGGUGGUCGAGCUAAAGGCUGAGCUGAAGUGUCUGAGAGAGAGGUACAACCAGUGUGUGGAGGGCGGGGUGGAGGAGAGGACGCGGGGAGAGGCCCAGCACAGAUCUCUGGAGCAGCAGGUGGGGAGGCUGGAGAGGAGCUGCCGGGAGGGUAGGGAGAGGGUGGGGGGCCUGGAGACAGAGCUGAGAACAGCCAAGAACAUGGCCAGUGAGAGCCAGGGGGCGCUCAACGCAGCGCAGGACGAACUGGUCACCUUCAGCGAGGAGCUGGCUCAACUUUACCACCACGUCUGCCUCUGUAACAAUGAGACGCCCAACCGCGUGAUGCUAGACUACUACAGACACGGCAGAGGACUGAGGGGUAUCAGUGCCUCACUCAAGGGUGACGACAGCCGCGUUCUACUCACGCCCCGCCUCGCCCGGCGGCUCGCAGCAGCUGUUGCCACGGCAACCUCGUCAUCCACGGCGGAGUCUCGUAGCCCCUCGGAAUCCCCAUCCAAAGAGCGGUUGUCAGGAGAGGGGGGCCGGGACAGGGACAGUCCUGUACCCCGCACCCCUCUUACGGGCUCCCCCAGCAUCAGUGCCUCUUCCUCAUCUUCAUCAUCAUCGUCACCUGCGGUAGAGCCAGCUGGAGACCUGCGUAGGGAACCCAUGAACAUCUAUAACCUCAACGCCAUCAUCAGAGAGCAGGUGAGGCACCUCCAGAGGGCAGUGGACCGGUCACUCCAGCUGUCCAGACAGAGGGCUGCAGCCAGGGAACUGGCCCCACUGUUUGACAAGGACAAAGAGGCCUGUAUGGAGGAGAUACUGAAGCUCAAGUCCCUGCUCAGCACCAAGAGAGAACAGAUAGCUACCCUCAGACUGGUGCUCAAAGCUAACAAACAGACUGCAGAGAAUGCCCUGGCCAACCUGAAGAGUAAGUAUGAGAAUGAGAAGCACAUGGUGACAGACACCAUGAUGAAGCUGAGGAACGAGCUGAAGGCCCUGAAGGAGGACGCUGCCACCUUCUCAUCGCUCAGAGCCAUGUUCGCCACCAGGUGUGACGAGUAUGUGACUCAGCUGGAUGAGAUGCAGAGGCAGCUGGCUGCGGCGGAGGACGAGAAGAAGACUCUCAACUCCCUCCUGCGUAUGGCCAUCCAGCAGAAGCUAGCCCUGACCCAGCGCCUGGAGGACCUAGCCUUCGACCAGGAGCAGUCACACCGCACCCGCGGCGGCAAGGUGGCCCGCAUGAAGAGCAGCACCCCCAAAGUAAGUCCCGGUCCUCCCUCAAGCCCCACCACCGGCGCUGGCGCCCCCUUAAGCCCGACCUCUGCUACUACAGACGGCCUAGCCCUGGGCUCCCCUACGUUACAUCAUAGACACCCCCUCAGCCCCUCCUCCACGGCCCCCUCAGGCCCCACAGUACCAGGCAGCCCCCACUCCCUGGAGGAGCCCUCCUCCUCCUUGACCCCCCCAUCCACCCCCCACAUGCUGGCUCACUCCCAGUGGGCCCUGGGUGUCCGGACAUUAGAGGUCGACUCCCACAGUUUCAGUCUAGACUCCCAUAGUUUUAGUUUAGCACGUAGCACUACUGGGCUCUCCAGGCAUUACUCCUCAGACUCACGGCCGUCUCCUAGCAGGGGUGCUCAGCCUGGCUCGGCCCCCUCCUCCCCCUACCGUUCUCCCAUACUGGGGUCUCGCCGGUUGACGUGGAGCUCCCCUCGAACUCGCCCCCUUACCAACCUGACACGUACCUCAGCCCUUUAUACCCCCUCUUCUUACACCCCUCCUAGUUCCUAUAUCCCUUCUAGUUCUUACACCCCUUCCUCCCCUUAUACCCCCUCCAGUUCCUAUACCCCUUCAUCUGCUCAUUACUCCCCUUCAUCAUAUACCCCACCCUCUUCAUACACCCCCCACACUUCAUAUAGCCACAUCAGCAGCUACAGUCCCCUCUACCCUAGGUACUACGGUUCCCAUCGACCCCCUCACUGACACUAAACUACAGUUCCCAUAAACCUCCUCACUGACAACACUACAAAUCCGAUGAGUCCCCUCUCUAAACAGAACUACAGAUUCCAUCUGCCCCUUCAGACGGCAAAAUCUUUAAUGACGCUAAACUACAUUUCCCAUCAGCCCCUGGGGGAGUGGGUGGGGCUCACAGAGAGGAGGACAGACUGGUUUCCUGUUUCUUGUGCCUAAGCCUCUGGCCUCGAUGCAGCAUGUGGAUGUGGCUCUGUAUCGACGUGAAUGUUCAGACUGACUUUCCUCAGGGAUUUAACACAACAUGGAGCACAAGUGGCCCUGCCUUCCUCUUAUUCACAGACUGUUGAUCAGUCGAAACUACAGGAGAGACAGGACACUUUACAGACCAUACAUACACAGUAGUUUUGGUCUUGCCCUUUAAAUCAAAUCACCAUCCACAAAACGAAUGAAUAUGUGUGCAGGACCUUACUGCUGUAUGGAAAGACAGAUGAGAAGGACAUUUAGGUUAACUGGACAUUUGAAGGAAUUUUUUCACGUUGGACUGAGGUCUCGACAGAUCAACCACUUACUUGACAGUGUUAUUCUCUCUCUGUUUUUAAUGAAAAUCACACAUACUGUAACCAAAUGUCAUUCAAAGCAAGUAUUGGAUAAGACCGAUAAGUGAUUAUGGAUUGUUUGCUAUUUUUAAUUGUUCAGUUAUUACUCACAGCUCUGUACACACUGUCCUCACAAUGUUAUUGCGGUCAUCCUCACAUCUGCUGUGUAAGCACUGGCACAUCUUUAGUCUAGCACCACCCAAUGGCAGUUUGUAAUAUCACCAUAUAUUCAGGAGUUAGAGACUGAAGACUUACGUCGAGGUUGAAGAUCAUAUUAAACCUGUAACAUAAAUGACCUGGAAUCAGCACACCAUGAUGGUUUUAAUGUUAGCAUUAUGAGACAGAGCGAGCUAGGUGAUUCUGGGUUUCAUAUCAGUAGGCGAGACAGACAGUGAGCUGUAGCUACACAGCACCCCUAGUGCCUCGGAGGGUAACUCCAGAGGAACACAACAGCAUAGAUGGAUGAAUGUAAUAGAUAGAAACUCACUCACCACCAAACUCAGGGAAGCUGACACACACACUUUUCAACUGGGGUUCAACAAGAAUGAAUUGUUAACCAGAAUUAUCAUUACACUAUUAUAGAAAUAUAGACAAAGAUUUGAAUGACAUUUAGGCUAUGGGUUAGUUAGCAUAGAGCUACUAUAUGAUGCAUAGAUGGGAUUUCACCGUUUCUGCACACAUGAUAGUGUGUCACCUGUGGAUGUGUGUGCCUUAACAACUACAGCACCUGCUCAGUACAACGACAAUGACUGAUAAGACAUGAUUUCUAUCAACUCACCUAUUUUCUUUAAGAACUAUUUUUUUCAUGCCAACGGUUUUUGUUUUUUGGCCCUAUCCCAUAGGUUAGAAUGGAAAAUAACAAAGCCUUGCCAAAUGAUCAGUGUCUGUAGACAGUGCUCUUGAUGAGGGAUACACUGCUACUGGGUGUUAGCCAGUGAGUAGGCUUUGCCAACUUUGGCCCAAUCCAUGCACAGUUCGGUUUUGACAGGAAAAACUAAGAGGAUGUGGCUGACGUGUAAACCGAUAUUUAAUUUUUGAAUUGGUUAAAAUGAGGUUAAGGUUAUGAGUUUGGUUAAGGUUAGAGUUAUGGUAAGGGUCAGUUAUAGAUUUUGGCUAGUUGGGCUGUCAAUGGAAUGCUGGUCAGAAAAGUCUCCUUAGUCUCUCCCAGGUUUGACCCCCCUCUCUAGUAUUGGCCCAGUCCAGUCUCCCCCCCACCCCACCAGUUCCAAGUUUGGAGCCCAGUUUACCACAACAACACUGUGUGUUUAUACUCUUAACAAGCCCAGUCUCCAUUGGUUCAAGUGAUCUACAUAUACCCCAACAUUUUGUUCUAACAUGCAAUAUGGAGCAAAAAACGCAUUUGACAGGACUCCUCUCAGCUACUUUGUUGACACCAUUAGGUGACAUUUACAUAUUUUCCAUAACAGAAAUACUCACUGUUCUUGCACUCAUUGUUGGGCUGAUUGAGCUGGUUGAAUGUUUUUUUCCAAUAGUCAUCUAAUGGUGAAUGUACAGAAACACAAUCAAGACUGUAGAUUUGGCGUGGGAACCACCUCAGUGACCUUCAAGUUUUAUACAAGGAGUUUGUAUUACGCUACUUUAUUUAUUACACUUCAUCACGUUAGCGAUUACUGUACAUGUGUAUGACUCUGUCCCAUACUCUAGCUUAUGCACCAGCACCAUCUACCUGCCUUGGCACAACACUGUAUGCCUGUUACUUUGAUAAGAACACCUUUGUAGUGUAGGUUAUAAUAUGGAACAUUUCCAUCAGAUGGUAAAUUAGCUGGAUAUAGAUAUUUUCUGCAAUGAGGGAAUGAAAAGGGAAGGGUUGUCAAAUAUCAAAUAGAUGCUAGGGGUUGCUGUCUUAGCUUCUCAAGAAAGGAAACCAGUGUGACCUCCUCUCUGUGAAACCCUCCUCACUCCGCCCAACUCACACUCAAAUAUAUACACACACACACACACACACACACACCAAACUCAUUACAGUUUUAGGUCCCGCUACAUCAUAAUUCCAUCCGUACAUGCAAGAGGAUCUCAGUCCUGUCAAAUGCGUUGUUCCUCCUUCCCCUUUCAGAUGUAUUUGUUUCCCACCACAUCUAUUUGCCUGUGAUUUCUCCCUCUGUGAAUACAGUGAAUGCAAUUUUCCUCUUCUGCUCUCUGUUUCAGGAGUCUUUCAUAAUGUGAAACAUUGUCAAUCUAAACACCCUUGCUUGUGCUAAAGCCAUUUCCAUUUCCAGGCAGACUGUUAAUAGUUACCACUGAUUGUCAGCCUGUUAGCUUUUGAGCACUUUAUAUGCAUGUGUAUAUAACACUGAGUAUUGGAAAGCUGUAUCCUGUGUACAGUGCUAUGUUCAUACUCUUCGUAUAUACUCUAAAUAUCAUGUAUAAAUGACCUGUAUUUUGUGUGUCGUCGUCCUUUCUGUUUUGAGUGUUCUUGAACAUCUCUCUCGCGUUCUCCUCUCAUGGGUUGGGGAGGAAUGCCUUGUCAUCUUAGUUUCAUGAAGUAGUUGUCAUGUGUUCCACUCAGAUAUGCAUAGGCCUACUUUACACAGCCUGCUCAGUUAUUACACAAGCAUCAUGGGAAGCUGUAAGCAUACAUUCCAUUGAACAGUACAAUAUAUCAAAUACAUUAGUUGUUAGGCAUUUUAGAAUAUUUAAGAAUAGAAACAUUCUUGCAGAAAAUGUGUAACUGAAUGUGCUUCUUGAAAACGCUGAUAUUGGGGUGAUUUUCUUGGUAAAUAAUAAUAAUAUGCCAUUUAGCAAACGCUUUUAUCCAAAGCGACUUGCAGUCAUGCGUGCAUACAUUUUUACGUAUGGGUGGUCCCGGGGGUCGAACCAAGUACUCUGUAUUUUUCCCUUGCUGGAUAUGAUCAUCUGUGAUGUCCCCUACUCUCCAUCCCUGUCACCUCUCCUACAGUACUGUCU